AAUUAUUCCCUUUUUGUCACAAAUUUCACCCCAUUAAAUCCUCCACCUUAACUGACCUUUUGCCUUGCUUUUCUUCUCCAUUAUUAUCACUUCACUUUCUAACAUGAAGGGUCGUGUUUUUUUCUCUUGGUUUCUGAAAUCACUAGUGAUAAUCACCAUUAUUUGCUUUAGCAAUAAUGUUGAUGUAGCCGAAGCAAAGAAAAAGAAGUUGCGUUCUCCUGCUGUAGCACCCAAAAAACCACCUAAAUAUUUGGCUGAACAGUGUGAUUUUUAUGAUGGAAGAUGGGUUAUAGAUUAUAAAUACCCGCUCUAUAAUGCCAAAGAUUGUCCAUUUCUAUUGCAGCAGUUUGAUUGUGUAAGGAAUGGCAGACCAGAUAGAACGUAUCUCAAGUAUAGAUGGCAACCCAGAAACUGUGACUUAGCCAGGUGGAAUGCAAAGGAUUUCGUGAGAAGAAUAAAAAACAAGAAGGUGUUAUUCGUGGGAGAUUCAUUGAGCUUGAAUCAAUGGCAAUCCUUGUCUUGCAUGCUUCAUUCUGCUUUCCCUCGUGCUAAUUACACCGUCACAAGAAAUGGACCGCUCAUGUCAAUCUUUUCUAUACCUUCGAAGCAAGUGACAGUGAGUUACGUCAGAAAUGCAUUGCUGGUUGACAUAGUGAGGGAGAAAUCGAAAAGAGUGCUAAAGCUGGACUCAGUUGCAAGCUCUUCAAAGCUGUGGACUGGUUAUGAUAUUUUGAUAUUUGAUACUUGGCAUUGGUGGCUUCACACUGGAAGAAAACAACCAUGGGAUGUGAUUCGAGAUGGGAAAGUCCUACACCAAGAUAUGGAUCGCUUAAAAGCUUAUGCAAAAGCCUUGGCAACAUGGGGUAGAUGGGUUUCCAAGAACAUUAAUUUCAAGAAAACUAAGGUCUUCUUCCAGGGUAUCUCCCCUGAUCACAGCAAUGGCACACAAUGGGGGAAGAAGACCAACAAAAUGCAAUGUAAGGGAGAACAGAAACCAAUAAAACAGCUAAGGUAUUUUGGAGGUCCAGAUCAAGCAGAUAUGUUGUUGGGGAAAGUGUUGGGAAAAACAGGAAAGCCAAUUCAUUUGUUGAAGUUCACAAAAAUGUCACAAUAUAGAGUGGAUGGUCAUCCUUCUAUUUAUGGAAGCCCUAGGUAUAAAGGCAUGGAUUGUACACAUUGGUGUCUCCCCGGUGUUCCUGAUACUUGGAAUCAACUUCUUUAUGCUAAUAUCAUAUGAAUUGAAAAAAUAUUGUUAUACUGAUCAGAAAACAUCAAUUUGAAAGAAUGAUAUCAAAAUGAUUCUACAAAUUUGUGUUACUACCGGCUAGUGAGUACUACUCCCUCCAGUUCAAAAAGAUUGUC